AUGAAAUUAUGCAAUCACUCUCUCUUUUGGGAUGCGGAAAACACCACUGUUGAGCCUAAGAAGAUGGAAAGAUUGUUACACAACAUUGAAGGCUCCCUUAAAAGGGUAGACCUGAGGUACAAUAUCGCUGAACUGAAAUUUGUUUUUUGUAACAAGGGUCAGUAUUUUGAUAAGAAGAAAGUAGCCUACCUAAAGGAGAAUCAUUUCAUCAAAAUUGAUGUGCCUUACUGCUACAGGAGGUUCCAAUACCCGGGUUGUAAAACAGUACUUCAGUGGCAUGAUGAUACGGACCCCUUCCAAAGAGCAUACGUCGUGGGUGAUCGUCUUUUAGUGCAGCAAAUCAUGAAGCAGUCUCGGGCGGACCCAAGGUACCAUGUCGCUGAACUGAAGUUUGUAGUCUGUAACAAGGGUCAUGAUUUUGUCAAGAAGAAUGGAGCCUAUCUAAAGGAGAAUCAUUUCAUCAAGAUCGAUGUGCCUUACCACUACAGGAAGUGCCAAUACACGGGUUGUAAAACAGUAUUUCAGUGGCAUGAUGGUAAGGACCCCUUCUAA